AUGGUGGAUAAUGAUUUUAUAAGGUCCGCUAAAAGAGCAUUAUCCGCGUUGCUUGAAAGUGCUCGUGGAGAACCGGGAAGCAAAUAUAAAUCUGAAGAAUCCGAAGAAACAUCUGAACCAGGAGCAAAACAGCUUAAACUUUCUCAAAAUGAGGAUUUUUCUACUUCUCCAAAGGAGAAAAUGAUAGUACAUUAUCAUGAAGGAUUAUCCAACGCACAUGCAUCUACGUGCCCAUGGCGUGAACGUCAUUGUGAUGAUUUUAUAUACAAGAUUUCACUUGCCCUGGAUCAAUCCAUUUUGAAGGGAUUUCUGACACGUGCAUCGCCUUUAAUACAACUAGGGGAUAAAUUACCGGUUAUAAAGGUCGAAAUAAAUGAGGAGUUUACACAAACUAUAAAUGCCGUGAUGCCAAGUGAAGCAAAGACCGUUGAUCAAGAUAUUUUGAUAGCUGCAGCUUGCUUGUCUUUGUUUGGAUGGGAAUACGAAUUAAUUGAUGGCUUAGAUAUGCUGAAGUGUCCGUUUUGUUUUCGUCAGUGUCCAUUAAUAAAUUAUCGGAAUAUAGCUAAACAUAGGGAAAUUCAACAAAAACGGGACAAAGGAAUUCUUCAAGAUAACCAGAAAGACGAAGAGAAUACACAGGAUAUGGAAAUACUUGAUCUUAAAUUCGAUACUGAAUUAGAACAUCGAUGGUAUUGCGCUUGGAUCACUGGGGAUGGAAAACCAAAUGUUAAUAAAACUUCCGAAGAACUGACGAAAAAAAAACCUGGUUGGCAUAUUACAUUGGAUGGAAUCGUUAGAAGCAGCAUUCCUUUUAACCCAAAUACAUCCGUUGACCUGACCGAUCUUCGAUUAAGCGAAUUGCGUAAUAAUUUAUCUCCAUCCAAAAAAAUGAUGUGA